AUGGAGUGGUCGGCGACGUGUUUCCUACUUGCGGUGAUGUCACACGGCGGCAGUGGAGUUACUAAAUCAGGUAUUGAACAAUUUUGGACGGAUGACUACAAAAUAUUUGAACAAGUUUAUGGCAAAACGUCAGACAAAGAAAUAUACGGUGAAACAUUACCUGCAAGCAUAACCUAUUCUCGAAAUCACGACCUAAAUAAAGACGCUUCGCAAAAGAACGAAAGAUAUCUCAUUAACUAUGAUGAACCUGAAUCUGAACAAAUGGACACUUAUAACUUUGGAAAUCUAUACAGUAACGCAUUAAACCAACAGACUUUGAAAUUGCUGAACAGAAAACCUGCGACGUCGUCCAUUAACUUUGUGAGCUACUCAAACUUCAAGCCAAUAAGUUCGGAAAGUGAUCCAGAUACUUAUGAUUACUUAAAACAUUUAGAAGAGUUUAACAGCGAAGACAAAUAUAAUUCUCCAAAAACAGUAGGAGGUUUUAAACCUUAUAUUAACUAUGAAGAAACAGAUCCUGAGGAAACAGAUGCUUAUAAAAAUAUACAAGACAUUCUCGAAGCCCACCAAGCUAAUAAAGAAAGCAAUAAUUACAAGAAAGAGAACGACAAUAAUUCGAAAUAUUUGACAUAUCCGAAGAAUAAGAAGAAGAAACCGCCCAGGGUUCACAAUGAGUAUAAUAAACCAAGGUGUGUAAAUGGCAGCUGCAGGAAGAGGGGUGCAAGUUACAGGUCAAGGAAUAGGCCAUACAGGUGGACUCCGUCUUUGAAAACUGUAGUUGUUAUUUAG